CCGCGCAUGCGCAGUAGACGCUCGUCAUCUUGUUUUGGUUCUUCACGUGUGUGAAGGCGCACACAUCGAAAAUGUGUUUGUCGUCGGUCUCUUAGUUGCUCUACUGUGCUUAUUUUGUUUUUAACUAGUUGAAAUACAUUUACUGCAAGUGUGAUAAAGUGGCAGAGCUUGAGCGAAAGACAAGACACCAUCGAAUUCGUCAUGGCCGCCUUCGUGGAGCUGGUUGCUGGCUGCUACGAGCAAAUUGUGUUUGGUUACCGUGUUCAAACUGACCAGAACGAGUGGAUAGCCAAGCCAUACUUUACACAUCACGCUCAUACGGCGUCGGUGUCGGCAGUGGCAGCCAGCAACAGAUAUGUGGUGACUGGCAGCAAAGACGAGACCAUGCUCCUGUACGACAUGAAGAAGAAGGUGGAACAUGGUGCUCUGCUGCACCAUGACGGCACCAUCACCUGCCUGGAGUUCUACGGUGGGACGCAUCUGCUGAGCGGAGGGGAAGAUGGACUCUUAUGUGUGUGGAGAACCAAGAAGUGGGAGUGUCUCAAGUCCAUAAAAGCGCACAAAGGUCAUGUGACAUCUCUGUCUGUACAUCCAUCUGGUAAACUUGCAUUGACGGUGGGCACUGAUAAAACACUGCGUACAUGGAAUCUCAUUAAUGGAAGAUCGGCCUUCAUCAAAAACAUCAAACAAAAUGCACACAUUGUGCGGUGGUCUCCGGACGGCAAUAAAUACGCGGUGGUCAUCCAGGACAAGCUCGACCUGUACGACCUGGAGACAGCCGCAUUGAGCAGCACUCUUAAGAACCCCCAGAGGAUCUCUGCCAUCAACUUCUUAAACAAUUCCAUCCUGGCUGUUGCAGGUGAUGACGAAACAGUGAGGCUGUGUGAUGUUGCCAAAGCGAAAUGGGUGUGCGAAUUCAAGGCUCAUGAAACCAGGGUAAAAGCAGUGGAGAGCUUCAAGCUGGGCGAUCACUGCGUCUUGGUCACGGCCUCCAACGACGGCUUCAUCAAAAUGUGGAAGCUCCGUCUGAAUGAUGAGCUGGAGUGUCCCACCCUCCUGGGGGAAGUCAACACCAUGGCCAGGCUGACAUGUCUUGCUGUGCGCAAACCUUCCGCGCAACAGCAGACCUCCAAAGAAGACGAAAAAGCAGCUAAGGCCACAUUGUCACAAGAAGUGGCGGAGGCACUUUCGAAAACAAAGCGAGUACGCAUCUUCACGCAUGAAGAAGUCAUUUUGGAAGAUGAAAGCGGGCCGAAGAAAAAGAAGAGGAAGAAGAAGAGAAAGGUCGGUGGGCAACAGAAAGAAGAUAAAUAAAUUACAAAUUAUAUACAAAAAAAAAAGAUCCUUCCUUGUGUGACUCUUUGGAAUGGAAACACUCUCCACAAAUGGUCAUUUAAAACACACACACAUAUAUACACAAUCACUUAAAAUACUUUUGAACGUGCAUAAUUCUGUCAUUGCUAUUGUUGGAAUUGUAUGACUUUAUUCUUUUACUUUAAUGUUUAUUUUUGCUUCUGUACUUUUAAUAAAGCUUUGAUGAGUCGCAUAA